AUGUCAUUUGGUGAAGAUUACGUGAGUUGUGCCAGCGAGAUAAGCGCGUUUUACACUGGCCAUAACUGGGCAACUUCCUACGUGGAUACCACCAACAACAACACGGAUUACGCACAGGACUCCUGCAGAGUAAGCCAGGAUGCUCUCCGCGGUGUGCACAAGGGCACUUGUCGGCGCCGGAAGCGCACGACCUUCAGCAAAGCGCAGCUGGUCGAGCUGGAGAGGGCCUUCUCCCUCACGCACUACCCAGACGUCAAAGUGAAGGAGUCUCUCGCGUCCCUCAUGGAGCUCCCCGAGUCCAAGAUCCAGGUGUGGUUCCAAAAUCGCCGUGCGCGCUACUACAAGAACAAGAAACCACAAGAAGACCAAUUACCACCAGCAAUUGACCGUUCAGUUUCACAGUUCCCCUGCGCUCCAACCCCCAACCCCACGACCAUGCCUCCCCCCUAUCCUUCCCCACCUCGCCAAUACACUUCUCCGCCUCCUCGCUACACUUCCCCAGGUAUAGCCAAGGCCUCCAAGCUUUCUUCAGGCUGUGUGCCAGGGAGCCAGACAAUGUACCUGCCACUGCCUACCUCUCCAACCCCCAGAGACCAGGCCACGGGCUACCCACUGGGCAGUAUUCAGAGCCUGUAUUUAGGGUAUUAUAACAAUGAAGCGGUGCAGUGUAAAGCGACACAGAGAACCUGGGAGUUUUCAGAGGGACUCAGUGUCUAUGAGGCUUUUGCCGGGGACACGCAGUGGCAACACACCAUCCCCGAGAGCCGAAGUGGCGCAUCUGACCAGUGCUUGCAUGCACACAACAUGCCAAUGCAGUACUUCAGCUUCGCCACCUGUUGGAGCCAGAAAGCUGAAAUUUCUGAAGACCUGCCUGAGUUCUACAAGCAGGAUCUCGACGACUUGAAUUUGACUGAUUUGGAGGUUUCAACCGCUAUGAUCGAUUAUAUUCUCAGCUGAGUUUUUACAAAGGGUAAAAUAUAAAAAAUGCAAUUUAUUGUUAAUAGUUAUAGAUAUAUAAGAAUUAUAAUCAUAUGUGAAUAGAGGUCUAUGGAGACAUGAACACGCAUUCUUGGCCUAUUAGCUAGCAAUUGUUUUAUAUACAAGCAGUUUAUGAUUACACUAUUGUAUUUUAUUCAAUCAAAUAUUGUUCCAUAAUAUUGGUUUGAUUGUAUAAAUAUUAGA